CGUGACAUCCCAAAAAACGGCUGCGAAGGAGACUACAGACUAGCUAGACUUAGCUAAUGUCUUCGAGGAAAAGUAAAAAAGUACAAGGUUAAAAAUACUACAUGGCUAAAUAAUUAUGCAUAUAUUAUAUAACCUAAUUAUUAUUUGUAGAAUAUGAUAACCUACAAAUUUGCGCAUAAAAUUAUAGUUGCGGAUAAGCCGCUUGGUCCGUCGGACGAAAACCGCCAAAAUGACCCAGACUCUGAAUUCCCGUGAAUCGUAUAAAUAAGAUUUUUAUUCGAUCUGAAAUAAACACAGCAAAUAAUACACUUAAACAAUAGCAACUAACCGAAAAUAAAGGGCCAUAAUACAUCGUAUCAACCAAGAAACGUGAACAGAUUUCACUGAGUAAACCACACGGUAUUACACAAUUGUUAAUCACAUGCGGUCGAUUACCGAAAUUACACUACCAGAAAUCAAAGGAAACAACUUAAAGUAACAAAGCCUUAGAAAACGGAAAAAACCAACUUAAACUGACUCACUUCGUGACAGGAUUCCAGAGUCCAAUUAAACUGUAAAAAACCUUUAAAAUGGGAAGCUGUUCAUUCCGACACGUGUAAAACUAACUGAAACGAUUCCUAGAUCGAGCUGCUCAAAUUGCAAUGUCAAUCAAUGUUAUCAUGUUUGAUAGAAAGUGUAAUAUUAAACUAUUAAAAUCAAUAAUAAAACGUCACGCGAAAUGUCACGCAAAACACUGUUCUUCAUUGAAACACCGCUCGAAGUCAUUUUACGAACUUACUGUUCUGUGGUUCUCAGGUAACGAGUUCCAGAGUUUCGAGACAACAUAACGAAAAGAAUUUAGACCAUAGGAAGCUGUAGACGGCUUGGGAAGAAAAAGAUUAAGUACUAUAUUUUGCAGAUGCCUAUUUUAUAAAGUUGUUAUUCCUGCUCUUUUGAGUAACUGUGUAUAGUCUAAACCUGCAUCCUUGAAAAUAAUUCUCAAGAUACGCUUAUUAAGUGUCUCUAGUUUAUCAGAAUCUCGAGUGUUACAGAAACGCCAGACAUUUGAACAGUGAUGAAAAGGCGGGAGUAUAAAUGCAUUGUAUAGGCGUAAUAAAGUGUCACUGGAAACAAGUUUACCAAACCUCGUCAUUGCACUGAACUGACUGUUUAUCUUAUUACAAAUCGUAGCAAGGUGCUCCCUGAAAUUCAUUUCAGCGUCGAUGAUCAUACCAAACAAUUCCAUGGAAUUCUUGACUGUAGAAGAGAAUUUGUAAUCAGUUGUUGCCAAGAUCAUAGCUUGAUGUCCUCUAGGCCUCACUAUCAAGCUGAAUUUUAAUAUAUCGAAAGUGGCCUAUUCCGCCGCUCUCUGGAGUCCAGUCCACCAUUUAUGUCCGUCCCCAAGAAGGAGGAGGAGCGCGGGCUCAAUCGCCGGGAGGCUUUGGGCCCACCUUCAACCUGGAAGAAACAAACUUGCUCUCAGUCCCAUGGAGUUCUCAGUCCGGCGCAGCAAGGACGGAAGUAAACAAUCAAUCAGUUCUAAGAAAUCAACGGCAAUUAAUCAAUGAACGUAAUGGAUGUUAUUAUGACGGUGUUAUCUCGAGUAGGUGAGAACAUCUGCUAGCUCUUUUUAUAUCCUUCCUAGAGAGAUGAACCACCCAACGAACGAAACUACUGAAACCGAAAGCUGUGAAUUCAACUUGGAUUUUCAAAUUCCUAUAUCUAUUCUGUUCGUGGUGACAAUUUUGCUUUCCGUCGCCGAGAAUAUUGUCGUUUCCGUCGCCAUUAGCGUCGAUAAAAAUCUCCGCAGGCCUUCCAAUGGCUACCUAUUGAGUUUGGCGCUGACUGAUAUAUGCAUCUCACUCGGGCUGAUACCACUGGAAAUGACAUACGUCUGGUCCUAUCCAGAAUGGCCUUUGGGUUCUGUGGGAACGAAUGUCUUGAAUUCGGUUUGGCUCUUCUCGAUAGCAGGCUCGUUUGUCACUUUGCUGGUGAUCACAGUAGAUCGCUACAGGGCAGUCAUGUCUCUCGUGCGCUACAGAGGAGUUGUAUCUUGGGGCAGAACCUUGGUGAUUACCACACUGGUUUGGCUGUACGUAGGGGUUGUGGUUAUACUGAUGGGAGUAUUUUCCUUUGAAUCAACAUCGGGUAAAACAUAUGAAUGGAACGUAAACUAUAAAUUUUACUACGCAUUUCUGGCGGUGCACAUAGCUCUCCCGUUGUUGAUAAUUUGUGCUUUGUACUACAAGAUCUACAAGAAAGCGGUGGAGAAUCGCCAACAACUUUUGUCACAUGGCCAGGCGCAUCAGGGAAGCAUCAAUACUUCAGAAACUGUGAGAGAAACUAGACUAGAAGUUAAAAUGGCAAAAACUGUUGGCUUUGUAUUCUUGUUUCUGGUCAUUGUAUCGAUACCAGUUUUGAUUCUGGAAAUCUUUUAUGCAAUAGGAAGUCAAUCCUGUAUUAUAGAGAAGAUGGGUGUUGUCAGUGUGUGGUUAACCUGUAGUAAUGGAAUGAUUAAUCCAGUGGUUUACUCUCUGAGGAACAAAGACUUUCGCCAUGCUAUAUUGCAACUCAUCCACUGCAAAAGACCAAGAGCUGGCAGUGCAGUACCGGUAGUCUCAUAAGGAAAACAUCGAGGAGUGUGCGGUAAUCAAAAGGCAGGGUAUUUAAUUCAUUUCUUGUGUCUGACAUUCACAAACCCAUUUUCAGUUGAGUUGGUUUAUCCCCCCCCCCAGCCCUCAUCCAUCCCCUUAGAAACCGGGGGGACUCCCAUAUAGAAAUAGGGGGAUGCUCGUCAAAAAGAACCCCUAAGAAGUAAUACCAAGAUCCUGUUGUGUGCAUAUGGCUAGAAUUUUGUUCACCCCUAAGAGGUACCAAUUCUAAAACAACACUUUAUCUCCAGUCACAUUUUUUUCGGCUCAAUAUCCUUAAAGGUACCACAAAAGCUCCCGCUGUGGGCUUUUUGAUGCUGAACACCCUAAGAGGUAUCAAAAUUGCUGUUUUAACCCCUAAAUGGUAUGACAAGCACCCCCGUCCUUUUUAUAUGGGAUUCCUCCUGUCCCCGGGCUUGGAAAUUCAAAUAUUUGCUGUUUGCAUAUGAGCCAAGCGGCCAUUAGACCAGCACUUAUUUAUCAUGAGCCUCUGGCUCGGGUGAUCGCACAAGCACUCCCUGUGUUUGACAUUAAAUUUGCUUUUUUUUGCGCUUACUUAUCUUUGAUUUAAGUAGCAUGAAGUGACGAGGAGUAUUUCUACUCUCUCCUGAAUGGGAUGUCAGUUCAUCACAGUUUUACCCACAGCAUUAUGUUGACAAGUAGCCAUUUAUACACCUGGAUGGAGGGAGGCACUGUGAAAGUAAAGUGUCUCCUCAAGAACACAACAGAACAUGUUGCCAGCCAGGGUUAAUUCAAACCCAGUCUGUUCAAUCCGGAGUGGAGUGCACUAACUGCAUGAGGCCACCACUCGCCUGCCAGAAAUAUUUACCUUCAUACUCUCCUUUAAAAAGCUAAUGGGCUUAAGGUGCAAUAUGCAGUCCAAGAACAUCCAUACUCCUCCCCCCCCCCCC